UUUAUUACUGUAUAUACUGUGUUAUGGAAGCUGGCCACCUGGAACAGCUUCCUGUAAAAACCUGCAAAUCGUGAAGCAUUUGGAACGCAACUUAUAUUGUUUAGUAUAUGGCUAAGCCAAACUGGAGGGUGAAGUCAUUCGAGGCGAGCGAUAAUUGCCAAUCAAUUUAUGAGCGAAAAUGGACAUCACAGCUUGUUCAGCAUGUAAGUGGGCUUGGGUACAAAGGAAAAGUAGCAGUCGUUGAAGCUGAAUGUGCCCUUUAUACUUGUGCAAUUGUUUUGGUUGGAUGCCCUGAUCCAUCAAUAAAAUACCAGUAUCCCAAACUGAGCAAAUUGCAUCAGGUCGUUUCGCUAUUAACACGUUGCAGAGAUAUCUCUGACAAAUGCCAGAAUUCAAAUCAAAAUGCACAACCUUCCGAAUCCAUACAGAGAUCCAAAUAUAAGGUUUACAUUAAGAAGCUAAAGAGGACAGAGCUGUUGGUGAGGAAGGUGUCGAGCUACUGCAGUACUGCAGCUGUGAAAAUGAACAUUUCGCACGAGCCCCACUAACCGAACUAUGAGAAAAUUAGAUUAUGAUAUAACGACGACGAAAAGUGGUACCAGUAAUAGAUUAUCAAUGUUCCGUUUUGUAUGUAAAAUUUGAGUAUGCAAUGAAAUCUGUGUUCGCAUGGAAUAGUAGUUUAUGUCAAAAGGCUGGUCAGAAUCACGGU